GGAGCGGGACAUGUGAGGUGUGGUCUUGCGCAAUGCAAUCACAUGAAAAAAUGGGUCACCGGUUGAGGGCAAUCAAAAAGGAAUUGUCCAUUAUGAUGUAGCAAUUGUCAGGUGGACAGUGAGACUAUUUUAGUGAGCCAUUCACAUGAUACUUUGAAUACAUAUAUCUUUCAAUAUUAACCAUAAAGCGCUUUUCCUGUUCCUCACCCAUCGCUGCCCCAUCUAAUCUCCUCUCAUCUUCGAGGUACUACAAGCUGCAGUCAUGUCUGAGGGACCGAGAAAACCAAAAUAUUCAGCAACACGCCGGCUGCUUCUGAAGUCCAAACUGCUGAAGAAAGCAGCGUCUAUGCUGGUUGCCGAGAUUGAGGCCAAAAAACAUGAGAAAGAAAGAGUCGUGAGCGAAAGCUUUCCUCCGCUGAAGUUAUCGGGUCUGUCAGUCCAGGAGCUCCAGGACCUUUGCAAAGAACUACAUCGCAAGAUUGAUGUUGUUGAUGAAGCGCGUUAUGAUAUGGAGGUCAAAGUGGCCAAAAAUCAGAAAGAGAUCGAGACUCUGAAUCUGAAGAUCAAUGAGCUGAAGGGAGUGAAGAGGCCUAACUUGAAGAGGGUGAAGAAAUCAGCAGACGACAUGCUGGGUGCAUACACCGACACCUCCAAACUCAUGAAGGCUGAUUUCAAGGCCAACCUGAAGACAGUGAAGAAAGAUGAGGAAAAGAGGGAAGAAGUAACAGACUGGCGUAAGAACGUGGAGGCCAUGUCUGGCAUGGAGGGCAGGAAGAAGCUGUUUAAUGCUGGACAAUAAGAAAAUGUUCACAUGUUCACUUGAAGCAAGGUUUAACGUUGUUUUAUUUUUUAAAUUAAAUCCCUUUGUUUAACAUGUUUCAGAAUUAUUAAAUUUAAGAAGGUUUCCAUUUCAGGUGGGAAUUAAACUGAGAUUAAACUCUUUACUAUACUUAUCAUGACCUAAUCGAAACUUGUAUGUAAAAAAUACUACUGCACUGUAUAAAAUACUGUAUUCUUUACUUGUUGAAGUUGUGCUAAAGAGAGUGCUGAUAAGCUUCGUGCCUUUGCAGUAUCUGUAUUACACAGAUGAUGGCACUGUCCUACUGUAUGUAAUACAUGUGAUGCUGAUUAAACAACUAUGGCCAUA